CUCGUCGCCUCCUCCCCUCUCUCCUCCCUCCGCCUUCCCGGAGCGGCCCGCGGGACCCGAGAGGUGGCUGCGAGGAGGCGUAACGGAAAGCCCCGGCUGGGGAGGCUGCGGGCUCGGGGACGCCGAGCCGGGCCGGGUAAACUGGGAAGCAGCCUCUUGAGUUCACAGCCGGCCUGUGACUUUGCAUCUGGUUAAGAAGCUCUUCCUCAUUACAGGUGACCUUUUUCUGAAGCUGUUCAUUGAGACUUCCUACCAUUCCUGCAGAUGCAGUAGCUUCUCUGUGGACCGUUUCACUGUUUGUUAUCAUUUCUCUCUGGAAGGGGAAGCAGAGAUGGCCAAUUCAAAUUGCCGUUUUAUUACUCAGUGACAGCUCAAGCUGAGGAAAUAAUUGCCUGAGUAAAAGUUGAAAACAGUUGACUAAUAGGUGAGGCUGGUGGCCACGCUCCGGAGCUCAGACAUGGCAGCAUGACAGCCCUGGACCGCGCAGCCAGAGGCUGGGAGAAAGGAGCCCCCGGCUGUGGGAGUGAGUGCCCCGAGCAGCGACUUCCUUCUGAGGCCGCCUGAGCUUCCUUCCUCACCGGCUGCUUUUAUUAACCCCGUGGACUCCUAGUUUUCCGCCUUGAACAGCAAUAUGUGUCAUGUCAUUGUCACCUGUCGCUCGAUGCUCUGGACCCUCCUGAGUAUUGUGGUGGCUUUUGCAGAGCUCAUUGCAUUCAUGAGCGCAGACUGGCUGAUUGGAAAAGCCAAGACCCGCGGCAGCUCGGAGCCUGACGAGCCGAGCGGCGGCCCCUCAGAGCCGUACCACCCCACCCUGGGCAUCUAUGCCCGCUGCAUCCGCAACCCCGGGGUGCAGCACGUCCCGCGGGAGACGCUGUGUGGGCCCUAUGCUGAGAACUUCGGCGAGAUUGCCAGCGGCUUCUGGCAGGCCACCGCGAUCUUUUUAGCCGUGGGCAUCUUCAUCCUCUGCAUGGUGGCCUUGGUGUCCGUCUUCACCAUGUGUGUGCAGAGCAUCAUGAAGAAAAGCAUUUUCAACGUCUGUGGACUGUUGCAAGGAAUUGCAGGCCUGUUCCUUAUUCUCGGUUUGAUACUCUACCCUGCGGGCUGGGGCUGCCAGAAGGCCAUUGCCUACUGUGGACACUAUGCGUCGGCCUACAAACCUGGAGACUGCUCCCUGGGCUGGGCCUUUUACACUGCCAUCGGCGGAACAGUCCUCACCUUCAUCUGUGCCAUCUUCUCUGCACAAGCAGAAAUCGCCACCUCCAGUGACAAAGUACAGGAAGAAAUUGAAGAGGGGAAAAACCUUAUCUGCCUCCUUUAAUUUGGAAGAGACAUUAAUGCCAUUUUCUUCCUUGUAUAACCUUGUGAAACAGCCCACCUCGGAUUUUGUCGUUUGAGUCAAGUGAAGAACUAGCCUUUGCCUUCCAAAGCCACAUUCCACAGCCCCGAGCCUUAACAGGACUGAUGACGAGAGGCAGCACCUAGCUGAGCAAAGUGACUGCACAUGAGGGCCACCGUACCAAUUACAGGAGAUGGAACCUGACUCCAGUACAGAAGCACUGAUGUGUAGUUGACAAGUUCAGUCACCGUGCAUUUCCCCCAAAGCUCAAUGAAGGAUAAUGAUCUAAGCCAUUAACGUGGCAUUUCUCUGGUAACAAGAGAGACUGUGAGCCAGCCUUGCAGCUGUUCUGAGAUGUGUUUCUGCCACAAGGGUGCAGGCACGUGAGCAUCUCUGCCUCAGAACGAGGUGUUGGGGUUGGUGUUUUGUUUCCUCCUGGCUCUUUCACGUUGUCUCAGUUGCAGAGCACACCAGAGUACACACUUACUGGGGGAUGUGUGCAAAGGGCAUAGCAAGAAAACUGCCUUUGCUUAGCUCCCCCAAAGGGUCAGCAGGGACAGUGGGAAGCCUGUUGUGGAGCUCAUUCUAGGCUGCAUUUCAGGGUAAGCUGAAUCAACUGAACCGUCUCUCCAAGAUUAAAGAAAGAAUAAGCACCUCUACGAUCAUGAGAAUAAAAGUACAAAAUCCUGCUAGUGGAGACUAAUUCACUCUGCUCCCCAGUAGCAUGAGUCCUGGCCCAGAGAUCACAUGCUUUUCUCCUCAGGUUGGGGUUGUGCCUUGACUGCCAAAGGAAACCUCACUGUUUCCUCAUUCCAGGGACACAGGUCUCCGAGCCAGCUCUGGCUCAUUCAGAUGUUCACUGGGAGAACUGGCCAGAAUCUCGGCACUUGUGGUAGACCUUUUCCCACAGUUUGGUAACCGUGCUGUAGUCAGCUAUAUUUCCAACCCUAACAGCAGCAGAAUGCCAUUCUGUGCAUUAAAAAAAAAAAAAAAAAAGAGCUAAUCACCGGACUCAGCUUUUCUAGUUAUUGAUGGUGAUGCUGAAAGGAGACUGAAGUAACAUGAAAUUGCUACAACUGGUGAGCGAGCUGCAGCAAAAGUUUCAUUCCGAAAGCACAGAGUAGAAAGUUAAUGCAAAAAAGAGCUAGACCAAGCUCAGAGCACCUGCCUACACUUAUUUAGGCUUGGUUGGAAUGAAAGGCACAUCCAAAAUCAUGCUAGUCUAGACCCAAACCGCAGAGCUGUGAAAAACCACUGAAUAGGAGGAAUACGACUAUGUUAAAAGGAAAUGUUAAAAAUAAUUAGACUGAUUGUUGACCCACACCUAUUUUUCUAAUAAAUUUCUAUCAAUCACCUAAUCGCCUCAGUCUAAAAAUCUAAUAUACCUGGACCAUUACUACUACCAGAAAAGUCUUAUUUAUUAUUGCUUGCGUUUGUGCUUAAAGUUUUGUGAUGGGCUGGGCUUCUCAAUGAACUCCAAGAAGGCAGAAAUAUUUGCCUUGGAUUCUGUGGAUUCUUUAAACCUGUGUGCUAAUUCAACAAUGUUACAUUAAUUGUGUAAGGGUUUUUGUAUAGUUUUCAAACAUCUGUGGUGUAAUGAUCUUUGUUAAACAUGUAUUCUGUAAAGUGCCAUAGUCUUUUUUUUAUGUGUAGCAUAUUUAAAAUAUAUAUAUAUACACAUACAUAUAUAUAUAUAAUACAUACACAAAUCUGUGUGAAAGAUGUGCAAUAACAAAGGUGUAUGUAUGUGUGGUUUUUCUGUUGGGUUUUUUUUUUUUUUUUUUUGGAAACUGGACAGGAGUCAGAACAGGGAUUAUUGUUUCUGUUUUGGCAAAGGAAGAGUUAAACAUUAUCGCCUACAUGGCCUAGUCACUAACCCAUAACAAUUUUAAUGCUACACAAACCUAUGUGAAGAAAAGACUGGUAUGAAAUCAUUUUUUUCUGGGUCUAAAUUAAUCACUAGAUUUAUGUGAAAGUGAAGCCAGCAAGCCAGGCCCAGUUAAUGCUAGUCUUUCAUAUGAAAUGUGAAGCUGCCCUACUGCCUUUUCUGUUAGUGUGAUAACUAGUAGAUGGUACAUAAUCACUAAGGAGCUAUUUCUUAACAUGCUUUGAUAGACCGUGUUAAUGCUAGACCACUAUGUAAGGGCUGCUCUCACACCUUCUUAGCCAUAGAGUCUGGCUUAGAACAGACCUCUCUGUGCAAUAACAUGUGGCCACUGGAAA